AUGUACAGGCUCCGUUCACUGAUUAGACCUAUAAGAAAAUACAGUAUGUCACGUUCAUUGGCUAUCGAUGAGAUUGCAUCCUGGGACAAGGAGUUGUCCAAGGACUUACACCACCAAUUGGCGACCACUGUGUUGAAGAACAUCAACGCAGAUGAUGCGUUGUUGAAUAAGACCAGACUACAAGAGCAAGAUGUCAGAGUCUUUAACACAAAGCUGUCCGUGGACUGCACCCCAGUCACCAACCAGCGUGCCUCCGGUAGAUGCUGGCUAUUUGCUGCCACUAACCACCUGAGAGUUAAUGUGGUCAAGGAGUUGCAAUUGAAGGAUUUCGAGCUAUCUCAAGCUUACUUGUUCUUCUACGAUAAACUGGAGAAGGCAAACUACUUCCUUGAUCAGAUCACACAAUCGCAUGAAGAACCAGUGGACUCCAGGCUAGUGCAGUACUUGCUGACUGACCCAACACAGGACGGUGGCCAGUACAGCAUGUUCUUGAACAUUGUCAAGAAGUACGGUCUAAUCCCUAAGGACCUAUACAACGAUGCCGCCUACUCCACUACCGCCUCCCGCAAGUGGAACAGCAUCCUAACUUCUAAGCUGCGUGAAUUUGCCGAGACUAUUAGAGAGACUCUAAAGACCAAAGACGUCGAAAGCAAGGAGUUCAAGGAGUUGCGCACCUCCAUGCAGAAGGAAAUCUUCAGAUUGAUGACUUUGUUCAUGGACUUGCCUCCAGUUAAGCCAGACGAGAAGUUUACAUGGACUUACCAGGACAAGGACAAGAAAGUACACACCAUAGAGUCCACACCUUUAGAGUUUGCUUCUAAAUAUGCUAAGCUUGACGCUGCAAAGCCUGUCUCGUUGAUCAACGACCCAAGAAACCCAUACGGAAAGUUGAUCAAGAUAGACAGACUAGGUAAUGUCAUUGGUGGCGAAGAGACAUUGUACUUGAAUGUCGACAACAAGACUUUGACUGACUUGAUCGUCAAGCGUUUGAAGAAUGAUAAACCAGUGUUCUUCGGCUCUCACACUCCAAAAUACAUGGACAAGAAGACAGGUGUCAUGGACAUUGACCUGUGGAACUACCACGCCAUCAAAUACGACUUGAAGCAGUCCAAGGCCUCCCGUAUUGAAUACCACGAGAGUCUGAUGACCCACGCGAUGCUGAUCACUGCAGCCCAUGUCGACGACGAUGGGAACCCAGUGAGAUUCUGCGUCGAGAACUCAUGGGGUAAGGACUCCGGCAAAGAUGGUAUGUACGUGAUGACUCCAGAAUACUUUGAAGAAUACUGCUACCAAAUCGUAGUCGACAUAGAUGAGUUGCCAACCGAUCUAGCUGAAAAAUUCGACGACAAAGAACCAAUUGUCCUGCCAAUUUGGGACCCAAUGGGCGCACUAGCAGAGUAA